AUGGUCGCGAACAAGACACUCAUCUACAAGCGCAUCCCCAAGGGCGCUCCGGUCGCGGGCCAGGACCUUGUCGUCGAGGACAGGCCGUUUGACCUGGACGCGCCGCCGCCGGCCGGUGGCAUGGUCGUCGAGGUGCUCUGGGUGUCCUACGACCCGUACCUGCGCGGCAAGCUGCGCGACCCGUCGAUCCCGUCGUACACGCCGGCGUUUGAGCUCGGCACGCCCAUUACCAACGACGGCGUGGCGCGCGUCAUCAAGUCGGACAACCCCAAGCUGCCCGAGGGCACGCUGGUGCUCGCGUACGUGCCCAUUGCGCAGUACGUGGCCCUCCCCGCGGACGUGCCGGCCAAUCGGGGCCUGCCCGGCGUGCGCAUCGUCGACAACCCGUUUGGGCUGGACCUGGGCCACUUCUUGGGCCCGCUGGGCAUGCCUGGCCUGACGGCGUACUCGGGCCUCUACGAGAUUACCAGACCGAAAAAGGGCGAGACGCUGUUUGUGAGCUCGGCGGCGGGCGCCGUGGGCCAGAUGGUGGGGCAGAUUGCGAAGCGGCUGGGCCUGCGGGUGAUUGGGUCGGUGGGCUCGGACGAGAAGCUGGACUUUGUCGUCCGGGAGCUGGGCUACGACGCCGGGUUCAACUACAAGAAGGAGGCGCCCGCGGACGCGGUCAAGCGGCUGGCGCCGGACGGCAUCGACAUUUACUUUGACAACGUGGGCGGCGACCACAUGGAGGCGGCGCUGCAAAACAUCAAGGUGCACGGGCGCGUGGCGGUGUGCGGGACGAUUUCGGACUACAACAAGCCGCAGGGCCAAAAGGGCGGCAUCAAGGACCUGUUCCGGUUCGUGCAGAAGCGGAUCCUGGUGCAGGGGAUGCUCGUGGGCGACGCCAACUUUGGGCCCAAGUACGCGGCGGAGCACCAAAAGAACGUGCAGCAGUGGCUGCACGAGGGCAGUUUCAAGAGCAAGCUGAGCGUGACGGAGGGCAUCGACAAGGCGGCGGACGGGUUUGUGGGGAUGCUGGAGGGGAAGAACUUUGGCAAGGCGGUGUUGAAGAUUAAGGACUGA